AUGCAGAGCUCUUUUAAAGAGAAGGAAGCUCUAGCUGACACCUUUGCUUAAGUCAAAGAUGUAGAUGAGCAAAUUUUUUGUAUCAUAUUAGAAAAAUUAGGAAAGGAAAAAGUUUAAGAUUGCAUUGGAUACCUUUCAGAUAAUGGAAAUCAAAGUCAUUUAGAAUAAUAAAACUUUAAACAAAUAGAGAAAUUAAUACAGGUUGAUACAGAAUAGAAAUAAAAUGUUGUUAGAAAUGACCUUAAAUAAAUUACAGAUGUCUUAAAAAAAAUUAAAGAUCAUGAAUUCAAUUAUAAAAACUUUUCCUCUGUAGAAAAUGAAGAAUCAACAUUAAGUCUAAUUAAUAACAUCAAGGAUAAUAAAAGGAUCAUUGAAUUUCUGUAAUUUUUAGUUCGCAUCACAUCCAUUGAUGAAACGUUAAUAUAGGGUGGGUCUAAUUCAUUACAUUUAUUAGUUUAGAUGAAGGUGGACUUUAGAAGCAAAAAUUUUGAAAAUAUUAAGAUCCAAAAUACAUCUUUAGUAGGAGCAAAUUUUGCUAGGUGUAAUUUUAGUGAAUCCUAAUUUAAUAAUGUCAACAUAAGUGGAAUAAAUCUGAAUGGAGCAUUAUUAUUUAAUUGUUAAUGGAGAAAUUUAAGAAUCCUUGAAUUAAUAAAAUUACAUGGUCAUAGUGAUUAUGUGAAAUCAGUUUGUUUUUCUCCUGAUGGAAAUACAUUAGCUUCUGGUAGUCAUGAUAAGUCUAUCCGUCUAUGGGAUGUCAAAACAGGAUAAUUAAAAGCCAAAUGGGAUAUUCAUAGUGGAAGUGUUUGGUCAGUCUGUCUCUCUCCUAAUGGAAAUACAUUAGCUUGUGGAGGUCGUAAUGGAUCGGUCUUAUUAUUGGAUACUUAAACAAGAAAGAAAAGGGCCUAAUUAGAUGGUCAUAUUGGCACUGUCUACUCAGUUUGUUUCUCUCCUGAUGGAAAUACAUUAGCUUCUGGUUGUUAUGAUUAGUCUAUCCGCCUAUGGGAUGUCAAAACAGGAUAAUAAAAAGCCAAAUUAGAUGGUCAUAGUGAUUAUGUGAGAUCAGUUUGUUUCUCUCCUGAUGGAAAUAAAUUAGUUUCGGGUAGUGCUGAUAAGUCUAUCCGUCUUUGGGAUAUCAAAACAGGAUAAUAAACUGCUAAAUUAGAUGGUCAUAGUGAUUAUGUCAACUCAGUCUGUUUCUCUCCUGAUGGAAAGACAUUAGCAUCCAGUAGUGAUGAUAAUUCCAUCCGUCUUUGGUAUGUCAAAACAGGAUAAUUAAAAGCCAAAUUAGAUGGUAAUUCAUGUGCUGUUUAUACAGUAUGUUUCUCUCCUGAUGGAAAUAAAUUAGCAUCUGGUAGUGAUGAUAACUCUAUCCGUCUUUGGGAUGUUAAAACAGGAUAAUAAAAAGACAAAUUAGAUGGUCAUUCAUAUCCUGUCUACACAGUCUGUUUCUCUCCUAAUGGAAAUACAUUAGCAUCUGGUAGUGAUGAUAAGUCUAUCCGUCUUUGGGAUGUCAAAACAGGAUUAUAAAAAGCCAAAUUAGAUGGUCAUACUAGUUAUGUUUGGUCAGUCUGUUUCUCUCCUGAUGGAAAGACAUUAGCAUCCAGUAGUGAUGAUAAUUCCAUCCGUCUUUGGUAUGUCAAAACAGGAUAAUUAAAAGCCAAAUUAGAUGGUAAUUCAUGUGCUGUUUAUACAGUAUGUUUCUCUCCUGAUGGAAAUAAAUUAGCAUCUGGUAGUGAUGAUAACUCUAUCCGUCUUUGGGAUGUUAAAACAGGAUAAUAAAAAGACAAAUUAGAUGGUCAUUCAUAUCCUGUCUACACAGUCUGUUUCUCUCCUAAUGGAAAUACAUUAGCAUCUGGUAGUGAAGAUAAGUCUAUCCGUCUUUGGGAUGUCAAAACAGGAUAAUAAACAGCCUUAUUUGAUGGUCAUAGUGAUUAUAUCAACUCAGUCUGUUUCUCUCCUGAUGGAAAUACAUUAACAUCUGGUAGUGAAGAUAAGUCUAUCCGUCUUUGGGAUGUCAAAACAGGAUAAUAAACAGCCUUAUUUGAUGGUCAUAGUAAUACUGUCAACUCAGUCUGUUUCUCUCCUGAUGGAAAGACAUUAGCAUCUGGUAGUACUGAUAAGUCUAUCCGUCUUUGGAAUGUCAAAACAGGAUAAUAAACAGCCUUAUUUGAUGGUCAUAGUGAUUAUGUCAACUCAGUCUGUUUCUCUCCUGAUGGAAAUAAAUUAGCAUCUGGUAGUGAAGAUAAGUCUAUCCGUCUUUGGGCUGUCAAAACAGGAGAAUAAAAAGCCUUAUUUGAUGGUAUUUAAAAUGCUGUCUAUACAGUCUGUUUCUCUCCUGAUGGAAAGACAUUAGCUUCUGGUAGUGUAGAUAACUCUAUCCGUCUUUGGGAUGUCAAAACAGGAUAAUAAACAGCCUUAUUUGAUGGUCAUAGUGAUUAUAUCAACUCAGUCUGUUUCUCUCCUGAUGGAAAUACAUUAGCUUUUGGUAGUUAUGAUUAGUCUAUCCGUCUAUGGGAUGUCAAAACAGGAUAAGAAAAAGCCUAAUUGGUUGGUCAUAGUAAUGGAAUCCUAUCAGUAUGUUUCUCUCCUGAUGGAAAUACAUUAGCAUCUGGUGGUUGGGAUAACUCGAUUCGUCUUUGGGAUGUCAAAACAUAAUAAAAAGCCAAAUUAGAUGGUCAUAAUAAUUAUGUUAGAUCAGUCUACUUCUCUUCUAAUGGAAAUACAUUAACUUCUUGUAGUGAUGAUAAGUCUAUCCUUUGUGAUGUCAAGAGUGGAAAAGAAAUUUUACCCACUGACAAAAAUUAUAAACAUAUUCUAACUUAAUCUAAAGCACCACUAUCUUAAAAAAAUCCUCUAUCAUGUAUUUAUUUAAUUAUUACUUUUUAGUAUCCAACAAUAUCACAAUUCUACGAAUAUCUCAAACACCAUUAUUUUAAGCAUAAGAAGCUUUGAUCUUGAAAGGAGAUUUUAUAAAUUAUCAGGGAUACGAUCUAAGAUCAUUAUUAAAAUCAAAAGGUAGUUGCUUCUUAGAAGACUUUAAGUAAAAGUGA